GUGGAACACAAUGACGUCGUUACUUUACGGGCUGAGACACACAUAACAAAGGGGUCGUAAAGUUCCAUCCAUUUUUUUUCUCUCUGUACGACGUUUCAAAUUUGAAAAUGUCGACCCGUUUCGCCACGUACCUGACCCCUGAGAAGGAGGAGGAGCUGGCGGAUAUCGCUCGGAGAAUUACCGCCCCUGGUAAAGGGAUUCUAGCAGCCGACGAGUCCAUCAGCACCUGCGGGAAACGUCUGCAAGAGAUUAAUGUGGAAAACUCAGAGGAGAACAGACGGCGCUAUCGUGAGCUGCUGUUCAGCACCGAUGACAUCAUCGCCGAGAGCGUCUCAGGUGUGAUUCUGUUUGAUGAGACCGCCAGGCAGUCCGACAGUCACGGCACACCUUUCAUCCAGGUGCUGGAGAGGAAGGGAAUUAUUCCUGGCAUCAAGGUAGAUAAGGGCGUGGUCCCACUGGCCGGCACCCACAACGAAUGCACCACCACAGGUCUCGACGGGCUGAAGGAGAGGUGCGAGGAAUACAAGGCUAUGGGGAUCCACUUCGCCAAGUGGAGAUGUGUGCUCAAGAUCACCAAAUACACCCCGUCAUACCAGGUAGGGCUCAAGAUCACCAAAUACACCCCGUCAUACCAGGUAGGGCUCAAGAUCACCAAAUACACCCCGUCAUACCAGGCAAUGCUCGAGAACGCCAAUGUUUUGGCCAGGUACGCCAGUAUUUGCCAACAGGCCGGUUUGGUUCCUAUUGUUGAACCGGAAGUGUUGCCUGACGGAGAUCAUGAUUUGAACAUGGCAAGAAGAGUGACUGAAGAGGUUUUAGCCUUUCAGUACAAAGCUCUUGCUGACCAUCAUGUCUUCCUUGAAGGAACCCUUCUGAAACCCAACAUGGUGACCCCGGGUCAAGGCUACCCCGGCAAGUGUAGCGUGGAGGAGACGGCAUUCGCCACCGUCCAGGCCUUGUACCGCACAGUGCCAGCCGCCGUUGGUGGAAUCGUUUUCUUGUCUGGAGGCCAGGGGGAGGAAUCUGCCACCAUCAACCUCAACGCCAUCAACAGGGUGUCACUACGACGACCUUGGCCCCUGACCUUUUCCUACGGUCGAGCCCUACAAGCCAGUGUCUUGUCGGCUUGGGGAGGGAAAGAUGAGAACAUCAAGGCCGCACAGAAUGAGCUGCUCAAGAGGGCAAAGGCCAACGGUUUGGCGUCUCUAGGAGAGUACAAGGGAGGCAUAGAGGGAUUGGCAGGAGAAAAAUCUCUCUUUGUCAAAGACCACGCCUACUAAUGACGCCCCAGCGAAUAAAAAUCUCACAGUAACCACGCCUACUAAUGCUGCAACUCUCCCGCUAGAUCAACCAGAUAUCUUUUAAAGACCACGCCUACCAAAGAAGCCCCAGCCAGAUCAACCCAAAAUUCACAAAGACCACGCCUACAACUGACUCAACAAUUUGGUGGAUUAGUUACAAAAUCUCUGUCACAGACCAAAUCUUUUAAUGACGCACAUUGUAACUCCCAGCCCAUCAAUCAUCACAAAUGGGCGGCUUCCAUCAAUUCCUCACGUUUUGUCUCGCUAACAUCAGAUUUUUCCAUAAGUGUGACACUCUGUCACGCCAAGUCAUAAGUGUGACACUCUGUCACGCCCACUAAGCCAUAAUUGUGACACUCUGUCACGCCCACUAAGUCACGCUGGUGGAGCUGGCUCAAGCCAGCAUGACGACACAUAUUUUACAAGAUCCUCCCCCUCGUCACAUUACGUCACAGUGUGUCACAGCGUAUGUCACACUGCCACAUGCUGUCACAGACUACCUUACCGUCACAUGCCAUCCCAGUCACACUUGUCGCAUAAUGUCACAGUCCGUCACAGACUGUCACACUCUGUCACACCCUACACACCCCAAUGCGUGAGAUGAUUUUGUAAGCCGCCUUAACAGCUAUGUUGUCUAAAGCAGUAUCAACACCUUCAUGUACCUUUCCCCUAUCAACCUUAGCUCAAGUCCACCUUACUGGAGCUUAUGUCGUAUGCCACACAACCUCAAGUAGACAACCCGUUUUGGUCAGUUUUUAAGUAGAAUAAAACAUGGUCGAGCUGUUUUCUGUAACACGUAUCAGGUCUUUUCCAUCUUACAAUAUUGGAAUCAUUAUCUGAUACUUGUCACACAUUGACGCUUGCGAUCAUGUGUAUAUCAAAGACUUACGGGUUUAAUUGUUUGGCUUUCGGGCCGAACUGCUGAAUCUGGGCAUAUUCGUCAGGAACUUGAUAAAAAUGUAUCCCUCCAGCCAAAAACAGGAUAUUAAACACAUUACAAAAUGA